ACUAAUCCACGCUAGUGUGGUAUUUGUUUACCGAUUGCUCCUUCCUAGCGGUGUGAACAACAAACUCCACUAUCCACAAGGACAUCUCAGCAAUCCUUAACCUCCUACUUCUCUAUCUACAACCUCGACUUUUCAAUAUUCAAACUCUCAUACCUCAACUCCUCAAAACAAAAUCCUAAAUCUACCUUCAAUAUGCGUGAGAUCGUAUGUAUAUCUCUCUCUUCAUCUACAGCUUCUACUGCUCUAUUCAGAACGCGUUGACUUUACCCCUGAAAAGCACCCCACUAUAUAUUUUUCAAAAGUAUCAAUAUCGCUGACCAUGUAACUUUUCAAUCUGCAGGUUCAUCUUCAAACCGGCCAAUGUGUAAGUCAACUCAACUCGACCGAUGCUAACAAAAUUUACUGACGUUUUGCUCAGGGUAACCAAAUUGGUGCUGCUUUCUGGUACGACUUUGCGAAAGCUCUGCUGCGCGACAAUCUCAGAUUCAAUACUAACAUGAUAUAGGCAAACUAUCUCUGGCGAGCAUGGUCUUGAUGGCUCUGGUGUGUAAGUAAUAUUACAGUUCCUUACCGUGUUUGAAGCAUUUCUGACAUUGUUUAUUUACAGCUACAAUGGUACCUCCGAUCUCCAACUUGAGCGUAUGAACGUCUACUUUAACGAGGUAUAUACACACAACUUCGGCAGUACGAAGCGUAUUCGCUAACAAAUCCAAGGCUUCCGGCAACAAGUAUGUUCCUCGUGCCGUCCUCGUCGAUUUGGAGCCAGGUACCAUGGAUGCCGUCCGUGCUGGUCCUUUCGGUCAACUCUUCCGCCCCGACAACUUCGUUUUCGGUCAAUCCGGUGCUGGUAACAACUGGGCUAAGGGUCAUUACACUGAGGGUGCUGAGCUUGUCGACCAAGUUCUUGAUGUCGUUCGUCGUGAGGCUGAGGGCUGUGACUGCCUUCAAGGUUUCCAGAUCACCCACUCUCUCGGUGGUGGAACUGGUGCUGGUAUGGGUACACUUUUGAUUUCCAAGAUCCGUGAGGAGUUCCCAGAUCGUAUGAUGGCUACCUUCUCCGUCGUUCCAUCGCCAAAGGUUUCUGAUACCGUCGUCGAGCCAUAUAACGCUACUCUCUCUGUCCAUCAAUUGGUCGAGAACUCUGACGAGACCUUCUGUAUCGAUAACGAAGCUCUUUACGACAUUUGCAUGAGAACCUUGAAGCUCAGCCACCCAUCCUACGGAGAUCUUAACCACUUGGUCUCCGCUGUCAUGUCCGGUGUUACCACCUGUCUCCGUUUCCCUGGUCAACUUAACUCAGAUCUCCGAAAGUUGGCUGUCAACAUGGUUCCAUUCCCCCGUCUUCAUUUCUUCAUGGUUGGAUUCGCUCCUUUGACCAGUCGUGGCGCACACUCUUUCCGUGCUGUUACUGUUCCGGAGUUGACCCAACAAAUGUACGACCCUAAGAAUAUGAUGGCCGCUUCCGAUUUCCGUAACGGUCGUUACUUGACCUGCUCUGCUAUCUUGUAAGUUUGCUAUAUUACCCGUUUGUAGCCGAAUAUAUACUAAUCGUGUGUAGCCGUGGUAAGGUUUCCAUGAAGGAGGUUGAGGACCAAAUGCGCAACGUCCAAAACAAGAACUCUUCCUACUUUGUCGAGUGGAUCCCUAACAACGUCCAAACCGCCCUUUGCUCCAUUCCUCCUCGUGGUCUCAAGAUGUCCUCCACCUUCGUCGGUAACUCGACCUCCAUCCAAGAACUCUUCAAGCGUGUCGGUGAUCAAUUCACUGCUAUGUUCAGAAGAAAGGCUUUCUUGCAUUGGUACACUGGUGAAGGUAUGGACGAGAUGGAGUUCACUGAAGCUGAGUCCAACAUGAACGAUUUGGUCUCCGAGUACCAACAAUACCAAGAUGCCUCGAUCUCUGAGGGAGAGGAGGAGUACGAAGAGGAGGCCCCAAUUGAGGGCGAGGAAUAGAAGUUUAAUGCAAUUACCUACUUUGCUUCUUUGAAGAAACGACGGGCUGGUUACUGAUCUUGCAUUAGUGGCAACACGAUGUCGAAUCAUAUUUAUUCGUAGCAAGGUUGAUAAUUUCUCGGGUGUGGUUUGUUUUAGUGUUUUUGUUAAUUAGGAGCCAGUGGUCUUGAGGGCGUAGAGCGACUAUACAUCGUCGAUACCCUAUGAAGUAGUUCAUCUUGAUGGAUUAAGAAAUCAAGACAGUUUCACAAACUUGGUGCUUUUGCAAAAUUACAGGGUGAUAUCAAACGUGGUGAUUGACUAUCUUGCUGGAGUUUUUGCAGCAUUGUGUAAUAUUCAUCAAGAUUCUAUGCCAAUAUAGAGCUUC